UCGUUUGCAAGUGGAUCGGGCGCAAGCAGAUGCUUCGGCACUGGCCGCGAGUGACAUGAAUGGCUUCCAGGGCAUCAACGGGCGUGUCAUCAGCCAGCAGAGGCACCGUCACAGAUCGCCGCACCCAGGGCCAGAACCGCACUACUCGAAACACCACGAAUCUGCGCACUAGUGCACAAUUCCUGGAGACGGAGUUGACCGAGGAGACCUCUGGUCAGCUAACGAGGAGUCAAGGCUUUUGGCGCUGGCUCAAGCGCCUGCGCCGUAGAGUCUACAAAGGCCUUCGGCACGAGGUGCGGAACUGCUGUGGCAAAACGGUCACGGGGAGAACUAUGUACUUUGUGGCCACAAACCACCCUGACCAAGUUCGCGAGAGCUUGUGGAGGGCUCUGCAGAAUUUGAGAGAGGAAUGGUUUUCUGCACAAGGAGGUGGAGAGUAUGUGCGCCGGGGUCGUCAGAGGCGGCGCCAGGGCGUGCAUUUGGCGGGCAAGCGCUCCGGUGCAGAAGGCCCGGGCUUCGGCAUCCAUUGCUUCAUCAUCAACAACCCUGGAUUCAUUGAAGACUUCUACACGAUCGAGGAGGAGGUCAACGCUGGUGGUUCGGCACAGGUCUUCAGGGCCGUGGAAAUUGCCACGAAGGCGCACCGGGCGAUCAAGAGGAUUGCAAAGAAGAGCGCUGGAGAGAUUGCACGCGUUGUGCAAGAGGUGGCGAUCAUGAAGACCUUGGAUCAUCCAAAUAUCAUCAAGCUCUUCGAAACCUUUGAAGAUGAUGAAUAUUUGUAUUUGGUUCUCGAAUACUGUGGCGGCGGUGAUGUUCUGGAUCGCAUCAUCUCAGAUGGCGCCAUGGAUGAGCUGUCGUCUUCGAUGGUGAUUCGAGGAAUGCUUGCGACGUUGAACUAUUUGAAUGCGAACGGCUAUGUACACCGUGACAUUAAGCCUGAGAACAUCAUGUACAAGGAGUCGAAAGACGAUCAAAUGGUUUCGCAAUUGCGCUUGGUGGAUUUUGGCUACUCUUGCAGAAGUCCAGAGGAGGGCAAAGCACUGAGAACCAAAGUGGGAAGUCCGUACUAUGUGGCUCCGGAGGUGCUGGCUGGAAGCUACGGGAAGGAGUGCGAUGUGUGGAGCCUGGGCGCGGUGUGCUUCAUGCUGGUGGCGGGCAUCCCACCCUUCUUUGGGGAAACCGAUGCUCAAACCUUGCGAAUGGUGAAGGAAGGAAGGUUUGUCUUCCAAGCCAGCCAGUGGGGUGGUGUCUCGAAAGGCUGCAAGCACUUCAUCAAGCGCUGUCUAGAUGUGGACUUUGCGAAGCGCCUCACGGUGAUCGAGGGAUUGGAGCAUCCUUGGCUGAAGAACAAGUUCCACGAGCGCGUCGCGCAUAUCCGUGACGAGACGGUGGAACGCUUGGUGAACUUCUCCCAAGACCACAAUCUUCGGAGGGCUGCCAUGCUGGCUGUGGCCUUCCACAUGGACGCAGAGGAUGUGAAAUUGCUCUUGGACCUUUUUCGAGGGCUUGACCUCAAUGGAGAUGGGCUCCUCACCACCGACGAGUUCACCUCGGGCGUGAGGUCCUUGGGCGUGGACUCCGAGCUGCUGCAGCAGAUGAUGCGCUGCUUGGAUGCUGAUCAUUCGGGUGUGAUCGACUACACCGAGUUUCUGGCCGCGACCUUGGAGGCGCCCAUGUUCAUCGAAAACCAUGCGGUGAUGCUUCGAGCCUUCCGAAGCUUCGACCAAGAUGACAGUGGUGGUCUCACCGCUGAGGAGGUGGCCGAGACCAUCGACAUGGAAGGACCUCAGCAGUUCAUGGAGAUGCAGCGCAUUUUUGAAGAGGUUGACACAAACCGCGACGGUGUGAUGGACUACGCAGAGUUUUAUGCCAUGCUGAAGGCUGAAAGCAAGGAGGUCGUAGCAUUCAAGGUGAACCGACCUGAAGAAGAGGACGGCAGUAUUGGAAGCUUCCCACAGGGCGAGGAGCCGAUGUCCCCAAAGGCUGUAAAGUUUACGGCUGAUGAAGACGAGAAAUCUGACUCUGAGAAUGAUCAGAGUGACACCGAAGGUUCAGAUGCUGAUGAUGUAGAUGCAGAAUCGAAGUCGGACAGCCAAAGUGCAGGCAGCAAAGAUGAGGAGAAAUCUUGAGGACUUGCAAAGCUGCUCAAGCUGGACACAGCCAACACUUCUUUCGAAGACAGGAAGACUCCUACACGAUCGAGGAGGAGGUCAACCCCGGUGGUUCGGCACACGUCUUCGGGGCUUUGCCACAAAGGCGCACUGUGCGAUCACGUUGACUGCAAAGAAGAGUACUCAGGCAGAUACAAGCAACAACUACACGGUCGAUGACAGCCAUGCUACCAGCUGGCCAAAUUUAGAUGGCGAUGCAGACGCAGAUUCAAAGCACAAGGCGCCCGACAUGUGGCUUUUGCAAGCUGCCUUGUUUCCGAUGAUCGUGAUUGGCGGGAAUUGAACACUGGCUUGAGAUUGACUUGUUUUGCAGCCAGACAUGGGCCGUCCAUAUCGGCUGCUUGUCAGGAGUGGG